GAAUGCGCAGUGUGUUCAACAUGCAAAUCAUAUUUGGUGUUGAUGAUACACAAACAGUCGUACAACAUUCACAUUGGCCACGCGUCUUCAUCUUGUUAUUGUCCACACCAAACCUAAAAGACCAAAUUAACGUGUCGGUCAAUCUUUCACCACAAACAUCCUCAAUAGUCAGUUUGAGAGGCUCUCGGAAGCCAAUUGGUCCUGUCAAAGGUGGUGCAAAGACGCCACAGUUUAUACCUAUAUCAAUGCCUAUGCUCUUCAAACCAACAAACCCUCCGAUUGUAGCAGCAGGUACAAACUACUUCCUAGGAUAUGCGGUGCUAAGUACAAUUAUUUGCAAUUUGCAGUUGAGAAAUUACAUGGGUAACAUUCAGCAGCUCAAUUACGCCACAGUCCUGUUGACUGCGGAUGCUGUAACUCCCGCGACAGCAGCAGCAACCCACUUGCUUGCUAUCUUCAAAAACAAUACUAUGAGAGCUUUGACUCUGAUCUCACCUAUUUCGAAAGCUCUUGAUGAGGCAGAAAGUUGAUGUACAUCUUGGAACCGGAUUUGUCGCCGUAAAGAGUUUUGAGUGACACCAAUGACAUUGAUCA